UUUCUCUCUUCUUUUUGUCUCGUGAGUGCUUGCGGACGGAGCAGUCGGAGCGCUCCCUCGCACGGCAACGGCAACAUGGCCACGAGCACUAUCAGCAGCGAUGAGGAAAAGCAGAUGCUCAACAUUGGCAUCAUCGGCAUGGGCGACAUGGGCCGGCUGUAUGCGUCCAAGCUCGUGGCCGCUGGUUGGAAGUGUGUCAAUGUCUGCGAUCGACCAGAGCAGUACGAGAAGCUGCGGGAGGAGCUCAAGAACUCGGGCAUGACGGUGCUUCGCGACGGCCACCACGUUGCGAGACGCAGCGAUUUCAUCAUCUACUCGGUUGAAGCCGCCUACAUCGAUGACGUUGUUGCGCAGUACGGCCCUUCCACGAAGCUAGGCGCCAUCGUGUCGGGGCAGACGUCGGUCAAGGCACCUGAGAAGCAGGCCUUUGAGGCCCACCUGCCCUCGGACGUCUACAUCAUCUCCUGCCACUCGCUCCACGGGCCCAAGGUCGACACGACGGACCAGCCGCUGGUGCUAAUCCAGUACCGUGCGCCCGACGACAAGCUGCGCCUCGUCGAGCGCGUGUUUGCCUGCUUCCGCUCCCGCUAUGUCUACCUCACCUACGAGGACCACGACAUUGUGACGGCCAACACACAAGCGGUCACCCAUGCCGCCUUCCUCACAAUGGGAACAGCAUGGCGGAGCUCAAAAGACUAUCCUUGGGAGACGGGGCGCUACCCGGGCGGCAUCGAGACGGUCAAGAUUAACAUCAUGCUGCGCAUCUAUGCGGCCAAGUGGCACGUUUACGCGGGGCUCGCGCUGCUGAACCCUGCGGCGAGGACGCAGGUGACGCAGUACGCCGACAGCGCCACGGACCUGUACAAGCUCAUGGUCGCCGGCGACAGGCAGGAGCUGACGCAGCGCAUGCAAAAGGCACGGAGGGAGAUAUUUGGCUGGGCAGACGACGAGGAAGGCACCGGUGGCGCUCGCCAUCGGACAAGGGGAACAGCAGAGGGUGUAGAGGAGGAGAGAAAACCGAUCCUGAUGAGCGACAAGCUCCUUGAUCGGUUCCAUUUUGCUGCGCGGAAGCAUGAGCAACAAUCAGGAGCGGAGGUGACGACGGCGACGACGACGGCGACGAAGCCAAAUUCGCACCUGGCCCUGCUCGCCAUCGUCGACUGCUGGCACACGCUGGGCAUCAACCCGUAUGCCCACCUGGACCUCGCUGCGACGCCCAUCUUUCGCCUCUGGAUUGGCGUGUGCGAGUACCUGUUCCGCUCGCCCGGCCGGCUCAGCGCAGCCAUCGACGCAGCCAUCGAUGACUUUACAUUUCGCUCCGACGACCUCGAGUUUGUCGUCGCUGCCCGUGGCUGGGCCCAGGCUGUGCGCUUCGGCAACUUCGACCUGUACCGCUGGCGCUUUGAGGAGACGCGCGCCUUCUUUGCACCCCGCUUCGACGAGGCCACGGCGCUGGGCGCAGAGAUGCUCAAGGUCGUUGCUGUUGAGAAGACGGUGUGACAUACGCAACAAAGAGAGAGAGACAGAGAGACACUGUGGAUCGACAUUGCCCUUUAUUAUUGUAUGUGCUAGUAGUAGU